UCCCCACCUCAACUCCUCCUCCAUUCCCUCCCCUCCGCUAAUUCAUACCCACUUCCACCCCGAUUCCUUCUCCUCGACCUCCCGCCUUCCUCCAAGUCUCCUCCCCGCCCUGGUUCUCGAUCGAACCUGGGGUCUGCAUCCCGAUCUCCUUCGAAACUCUCUUCCAAAGAUGUGAUUUUUCCAUUCGUUUUUUGGUCUGUCUUCUUGAUUAGUGGGGUUGGGCCUUUUCCUUUGAUCGAGGGAGAUGGAGCAGGCGUCCCCCCAGCUCAACCGCGUCGUCUCGCGGCAGCUCUCCGGGGGCUCCGGGAGGAGAAGCGGUCGGUUCACCUUCCAGCGGAACCGCUCCUUCGAUCAUCGGCUGAGCAACGUGAUCCGGUUCAGCUUCGGGCGGCAGUCCUCGCUCGACCCGAACCGCAGGAGCAGCAGCCCCGCCAGGGAGGAGCUCACGGUGCCAGAGAACCUGGAUUCCACCAUGCAGCUCCUUUUCUUGGCCAGCCGAGGGGACUUCAAGGGGAUGGAAGAGCUCCUCAGGUGCGGCGUCGAUGUGAAUAGCAUCGAUCUGGACGGCAGGACGGCGUUGCAUAUAGCGGCGUGUGAGGGGCAUGUCAACGUCGUGAAGCUGCUGCUGAGCUGGAGAGUCAACGUAGAUGCCAGGGAUCGAUGGGGCAGCACGGCUGCUGCAGAUGCCAAGUGCUAUGGCAAUGUUGAAGUCUACAACAUCUUAAGAGCUCGAGGAGCCAAAGCUCCGAAAACCUGGAGGACUCCCAUGGCUGUGUCAGAUUCCCAAGAAGUUCCAGAGUAUGAGCUAAAUCCAGGGGAGAUACAGAUUAGACGAGGUGAAGAGGCCCUAAAGGGUACUUAUCAAGUUGCUAAGUGGAAUGGUACUAAGGUUUCUGUGAAAAUCCUUGACAAGGAAAGCCAUUCAGAUCCAGACAGUGUAAAUUCUUUCAAGCAUGAGUUGAAUCUGUUACAAAAGGUCCGGCAUCCUAAUGUGGUUCAGUUUGUAGGAGCUGUAACCCAAAAUGUACCUAUGAUGAUUGUUUCGGAGUAUCAGUCAAAUGGUGACUUAGGGAGCUAUCUUCAAAAGAAAGGACGUCUACAGCCCCAUAAAGUUCUUAGAUUUGCUCUUGAAAUUGCCAGGGGUAUGAAUUAUCUUCAUCAAUGUAAGCCAGAACCAAUCAUUCAUUGCGAUUUAAAACCAAAAAAUAUCUUGCUCGAUUGUGGGGGGCAAUUGAAGGUGGCCGGUUUUGGAUUAAUGAAGUUAUCAAAAAUUUCAUCUGAUAAAUCAAAAUUGGCAGAUUCCAAAACUAAAAUUAACAGCUUGAGCUUGUACGUGGCACCUGAAAUUUACAAGGACGAAAUCUUUGAUAUGAGCGUUGAUGCAUUCUCUUUUGGUCUCAUUCUGUAUGAGAUGAUCGAAGGAGCACCAGCUUUCCACCCAAAGAGUCCAGAAGAAGCUUCAAGAUUGAUUUGCUUGAAAGGCAUGAGACCUCCAUUGAAGAACAAAUCUAAAAGUUAUCCUCCAGAGGUUAAGGAGUUGAUCGAAGAGUGUUGGGAUCCCGAGCCUAUUGCGAGACCGACCUUUUCGGAGAUAAUUGUUCGACUUGAUAGAAUCUAUGCUGCCUGUUCUAAGCAGCAGGGAAGUUGGAAAGAGACCUUUAAACUCCCCUGGUAUGCACUCAUUCAUGUACUUCAAGAAGAUGAGGAUUCAUGUGGGAAAAUAUAUGAGCAUUCUUGAAUAUUUCUUAUGUUAUUAAUGAGAAAGUGAUCAUGUAGUUUCUCUAUUGAUAGACAGGUGAAGACACCAUGCAUUGACCCCCUCCACACUCCUUAGCUUUGUCCACUAGAUUCAUUUUUCUUAAAAAAAGAAUUAUGAUUCAUUCCUUUGGACACUUUACAAAAGAAAGUUAAGCCUUUUAUGGGGAUCUUUUUUGAAACAAAAUAGUGCAUUCGGUUGAUCUAGAUCAAUAGCACAAUUCUCUCUCAUCUAGUUUUAUAACUAUUUGUCCUACCUUUACUAUUAUAUUGGGUAUUGAUAGGCAUGUAUUUUGCAUAAUUGAAUAUAUAAUGCAAGACAUAUUCUUGAAUAAAAUGCUUAGCAAGUAUAUGU